UUAUCGCCCACACUCGAACGAAUUAACUUAAGGGCCUUCGACGUCCAGUGUUUCGCUCACAAAAUCGCUAUUGUUUAAUGAGACAUGAUUAAAUAUUUAGUCGUGUUAACAGUGCUUUUCGCCUGGGGAUACUCUUCCCCCAUCAAGCGCGAAGAAGCCGCUCAGGCCUGUCAGGUUUGCCAUCCCGUAGAUCCCGACAAAAUUAAUGUUCAUCUCAUCCCUCAUUCCCACGAUGACGUUGGCUGGCUGAAAACUGUUGAUCAAUACUUUUACGGAAGUCACAGCGAGAUACAAAGGGCUGGAGUACAAUACAUUAUUUCGUCGACGGUCGAGGCGCUGAAAGCCAAUCCUGAUAGGAGAUUCGUACAAGUGGAGACGGCGUUCUUCUGGAAAUGGUGGCAAAAGCAACCUGAUAGUGUCAGGCAGGACUUUAUCGAUUUAGUAAACAAUGGACAGUUGGAAAUUAUCAAUGCGGCGUGGUCAAUGAAUGACGAAGCUGCUGUCAAUUAUCAAUCAACUAUUGAUCAAUUCACGCACGGACUUAGAACUAUCAAUGAGACUGUUGGAGCCUGUGGUGCCCCUAGAAUCGGCUGGCAGAUCGACCCGUUCGGUCACAGUCGCGAACAAGCCUCCAUUUUUGCCCAGCUGGGCUUCGAUGGUGUCUUCUUUGCCAGAAUUGACUACAACGACCGAAAUCAAAGAAAUGCCGACAAGACCAUGGAAGUGAUUUGGCAAGGCAGUGCCAAUCUAGAAAACACGAACAUCUUCACAAAUGUUUUCCCCGAAUUUUAUUAUCCGCCUUCAGGUUAUUGUUUUGAUAUUGAGUGUGGUGAUGAAGUUCUCGUUGACGACGACACCAGCCCUGAUUAUAAUAUUCCGAGAAAAGUUGACGACUUUUUGGGCAGAGUGACUUCACUAGCUAGCUAUUAUCGGACGAACAAUCUCCUGAUUCCAAUGGGUGGCGACUUCCAAUAUCAAUCAGCAGAGAAGAACUUUAUCAAUAUUGAUAAGCUAAUCGCGGGCUUCCAAGGCAACGACCAAAUUAACUUGAUUUAUUCAACCCCUUCGUGUUAUAUUCAAGCUGUCAAUGAUGCCGCUGCCAGUAACAACAUCGAGUUUCCUCUAAAAACCGACGACUUUUUCCCGUAUGCAUCAGGUGGACACAACUAUUGGACCGGCUACUUUACGUCAAGACCUAAUGCUAAACAUUUUGAAAGAACAACCAGCAAAAUUCUACAGGCGGCCAAACAACUUACAGCUUUCUCCAAAGUCAAUGGUGAAGAUCACGAAGCAGAUCUAACACUUCUUAAAGAAGCGGUUGGAAUUCUACAGCACCACGAUGCUAUUACAGGUACGGCGAAAGAAGCAGUGGCUAAUGACUAUGUAAGACUCUUGACGAAAAGUAUCCAAAGAGCUGAACCCACGCUUAAUGUCGUCGUCACCAACCUCCUGAAGAAAGACGCUUCGACUGACAUAAAUCUAGAUCUUCGAACUUGCCUCUUGGCUAACAUCAGUGUUUGCGACAUUACCAACGCAGAUAGAUUCGUUGUGAGUGUCUAUAACCCUCUUGAACGACCUGUGACUCAAUACGUGCGGCUACCGGUGUCUGAUGGCUCUUACACAAUCACAGGACCUGAUGGCGAAGUUACAUCCGAUUUGCUUGACAGCAUUUCUGACUUCAGCUACGUAGACCAAGAUUUCGGAACACCCAAACCUAAAGAACUAGUUUUUGCUGCUGAUGUAUCCGGUUUUGGACUAAAAUUAUAUUAUGUUGAAAAAACUGCAUCCAAAGCAAAAUCUGUUGCUGUGAAGAAAACACCAAGUGUGAAGUUUGGCACUGAUACUACCGGUUUUGAGAUAGAUGACGCAACUGGUCUCUUGAAAUCCGUCACCAUGAACGGCCAAACUCUAGAAAUCAAGCAAGAAUUUAUCUUCUACUACGGAUUCAAUGGUGACAAUAAUGGUGAAGACAAUGCGGCUUCUGGUGCUUACAUUUUCCGCCCGCUAGUCAACGAAGCUAACAUUGUAGCCGACUCCGCCUCUGUUACUUCCACCACAGGUACCCUUGUCGAUGAAGUCCGUCAACAAUUCAACGACUGGAUCACCCAAAUCAUCCGAGUCUACAAAGACGAAGGAAACAACUACAUAGAAUUCGACUGGCUCGUAGGACCCAUUGAAGUGGACAACGACAAUGGAAUCGGACGUGAGAUAGUCAGCAGAUUCACAAUCAACGAUUUUGACAACGGAGAAUCCUUCUACACCGAUUCAAACGGUCGUGAAAUGAUCAAAAGACAAGUCAACCAACGCUACGACUAUGAAUACGACCCGACCCUUGAACCCAUCGCCAGUAACUAUUACCCCAUCACUUCCAAAAUCGUUAUCAAAGACGAAAACAAAGGUCUGGAGGUUGCAGUUUUGAAUGAUCGGGCUCAAGGUGGUUCUAGUUUGCAAAACGGUGUGAUUGAAUUGAUGGUGCACAGGAGGCUUCUUAGAGACGAUGCUAAGGGUGUGGCUGAGGGUCUUGACGAUGAAGAGUUCGGACAAGGAGUAGUAGCAAGAGGUCAACACUUUUUGGUUAUUGGUUCCAGUGCUUCUGAGGCCGAUGGUAAAUCCACAGCUGCACAAGAACGAGAAAUAGCUCUGAAGAAACUUUUGACGCCUUUGGUGUUGGUUGGUGAUGCGUCUUCGGAUGAUUUGUCGUUGGAGAAUGUUCAGGGUGCCCUCAAUUUUAACUUUGAAGGCUUAAAAGCAACAUUGCCUGAGAAUGUCCACAUUUUGACUCUAGAACCUUGGAAGGAUGACACUUACAUUCUGAGACUUGAACACAUUCUGGAGAAUAAUGAAGAUGCGGCUUUGUCACAGAGCGUUUCAGUGGAUUUGCAGGGUUUGUUCACACUUUUCGAAGUAACGGAAAUUAGAGAGACGACGCUUGGUGCCAACCAAUGGCUUGACGAGUUCCAGGCUAAAGAAAAAUUCGCGUGGAAUAUAGAAAAUGCUAAGAAUAGUGUUACGAAGAAAUCUAUCACUUCGCUUGAAGAUCCGGUGAUUGCGUUGGACCCCAUGCAGAUUCGUACUUUUAUUAUUAAAGUAACAAAGAAUUAAUCAAAUUUUGGAAAAAUGUAACGAACAAUAAAAUUUUUCUUUGGA